CCCUCCCCGUCCCUUCCCUCCCCCCGCCGCCGGGCCCGCAGCGCCUCGGCCGCCGCGCCGUGAGCGGGGCCCGCGCCGCCCGGCGGGGCCAUGGCCGCCAGCGCCAAGCGGAAGCAGGAGGAGAAGCACCUGAAGCUGCUGCGGGAGAUGAGCAGCCUCCCGCCCAACCGCAAAUGCUUCGACUGCGACCAGCGCGGCCCCACCUACACCGACAUGACGGUGGGCAGCUUCGUCUGCACCUCCUGCUCCGGCAUCCUACGGGGCUUGAAUCCACCCCACAGAGUGAAGUCGAUUUCAAUGACUACUUUCACACAACAGGAAAUAGAAUUUCUGCAGAAACAUGGAAAUGAAGUGUGCAAACAGAUUUGGCUAGGCCUAUUUGAUGAUAGAUCAUCAGCAAUUCCAGACUUCAGGGAUCCACAGAAAGUAAAGGAAUUUCUACAAGAAAAAUAUGAAAAGAAAAGAUGGUAUGUUCCUCCUGAGCAAGCAAAGGUGGUGGCAUCAGUCCAUGCAUCCAUAUCGGGGUCUUCUGCUAGUAGUACAAGCAGCACGCCGGAGGUGAAGCCGCUCAAAUCUCUCUUGGGAGAAGCUGCACCCGCACUGCACUUAAACAAGGGCACACCUAGCCAAUCUCCUGUUGUAGUUCGAUCUCAAGGACAGCAGCAACAAGAAAAGAAACAAUUUGACCUCCUCAGCGACCUUGGCUCAGAUAUCUUUGCUGCUGCUCCUCCUCAGUCAACUGCUACAGCAAAUUUUGCUAAUUUUGCACACUUCAACAGUCAUACAGCGCAGAACUCUGCAAAUGCAGAUUUUGCAAACUUUGAUGCAUUUGGACAGUUUAGUGGCUCGAAUAAUUUUGGCGGUUUCCCCACAGCAAGUCAGUCUGCUUUUCAGCCCCAAAAUACAGCGUUCAGAACGCUUUCAUCUAGCUGCAGUUUUGGUGAAUUUACUUCAGCUUUUCCUCUCCAGGCUGUACACAGUGGAAGUGCUGGAUCUGUGAAUGCUAACUUUGCUCACUUUGAUAACUUCCCCAAAUCCUCCAGUGCUGAUUUUGGAGCCUUCAAUGCUUCUCAGAGCAACACGACAGCAGCUGCAGCCAGUAAAGCUGCAGUGAAUAAACUGAAUCUCCAGUCAGCUGACAAAUACGCUGCUCUUGCUAAUUUAGAUAAUAUCUUCAGUGCAGGGCAAGGUGGUAGUGAGCAAGGAAGUGGCUUCGGUACAGUAGUGUCAGCAUCAGCAGGUCCUGCGUUGUCAGCCCCAAACCAGUCAAGUGCAUCUUCAGACAAGUAUGCGGCCCUAGCAGAAUUGGACAGUGUGUUCAGCUCCACAGCAACCUCUAGUAAUGCAUACACUUCCACCAGUAACAUCAGCAGCAAUGCUUUUGGAACAGUACCUGUGGCGGCUACUGCACAGACACAGCCUGCAUCUUCAAGUGUGCCUGCUCCAUUUGGAGCAACACCUUCCACAAAUCCAUUUGUAGCUGCCCCUGUUGCCCCAGUGGCACCUUCAACAAAUCCAUUCCAGACCAAUAGCCGAGGAGCAACAGGCCUCUCGGGAGCAAUGCACUCUCACAUAUUUCCUCAGGCUCAUUUUGCAGCAACAUUUGGUACUGCAUCCCUGAGCAUGCCUGCAGGAUUUGGAACUCCUGCCUCCUACAGUCUUCCUACUAGUUUUAGUGGCAACUUCCAGCAGCCCACGUUCCCAACCCAGGCAGCUUUCCCUCAACAGACUGCUUUUGCUCAGCAACCAAAUGGAGCAGGUUUUGCUGCAUUUGGACAGGCAAAGCCUGUAGUAACUCCUUUUGGACAAGUUGCAGCUGUUGGAGUAUCUAGUAACCCUUUUAUGGCUGGUGCACCAACAGGACAAUUUCCAACAGGAAGCUCAUCAACCAAUCCUUUCUUAUAGCCUUAUAGACACUUUACCCAAAAGAACUUUUAUGUGGUCACAUAACAUCUCUGCGCCUCUUGCACUGUUGUCUUGUUUCA